AGCUGCUGCUCCCCAACUGCAGGGGGGGCGCUUCAUAAGUGGCGAGUCAGGGUUGCAGGUGUCUAUCUUCCUCUAUCUCUAUCUCCCCUGCCCAUCAAUCAAAUAAAGGGGGGGGGGGGAUGCCAGGAGCAGUGGAUUCAUAGUGAGGCAAAAAAAGAAAGAAAGAAAGAACUUUCAUACCUGAGGCUCCAAAGUCCCAGGUUCAAUUACUGCACCACCACCAAAAUAAAAUAAAAUAAAAUAAAAAGAAGAGGGAAACAAGGAAGAAAAGAUAAACCUUAAAAAACUAUUAGAACAAAUGAACACCCUCACAGCUGUGUAUGCACACAUGCUAACACAUUUCCCUACACUCUAAGCUCAUCCUUCCCCCUCACUCCCUCCCUUGCCCCCUUCCUUCCCAUCCUGCUGUUUGGGCUGGUCUGUUUUGCAGAGCAGCGGAAACAGACACCCUAAACCUGGACCUGGACCACCGCCAAAGGAAACGAGGACAGAGAGCGCUGCAGCACACGCAGGGAGAAACGCAGCACCUUCCUUCUGGCUGUCACUUUGCCGAGCACAGCGGAGGGGUGCAGAAGAGCCCGGUUGGGGAUUUGGAGAGCACAGAGGAGAGCACUGCUGGACCCGCACUCGCCUGCCCGCGACGGUGACUCUGGCGCCAUCUGGUGGGACAGUGGAGGAUGGCAUCCCUCCUGCAAGGCCGGUUGCCUGCCAGUGAGGACCUGCUGCUGAUGCAGAACGGCACGAUGAUGCGCAAGGUGAGAUCAAGGAGCUGGAAGAAACUCCGAUACUUCAGACUGCAGGAGGACGGCAUGACCGUAUGGCACGCCCGGACAGUGGGGGGCAGCGCCAAGCCCAGCUUCUCAAUCUCUGACGUGGAGACUGUACGUGAGGGCCAUGAGUCGGAGCUGCUGCGGAGUCUGGCAGAGGAGUUCCCACUGGAGCAGGGCUUCACCGUCGUCUUCCAUGGCCGCCGCUCCAACCUGGACCUAGUGGCCGGCAGUGUGGCAGAGGCCCAGGUCUGGAUGGCCGGGCUCCAGCUCUUAGUGGACGCUGUCACCAACAUGGACCAGCAGGAGCGGCUGGAUCAAUGGCUGAGUGACUGGUUCUACCGAGGAGACAAAAACCAGGACGGCCGGAUGACUUUCCAAGAAGUCCAGCGGCUGCUGCAUCUGAUGAAUGUGGAGAUGGACCCAGACUACGCCCUCCAGCUUUUCCAGAUGGCAGACACAUCCCAGUCGGGAACUCUAGAAGGAGGCGAGUUUGUGGAGUUCUAUAAGGCGCUGAUGAAGCGUGAUGAGGUGCAGGAGCUGUUUGAGAACUUUUCAGCUGACGGACAGAAGCUGACCUUGCUGGAGUUCGUGGAUUUCCUGCGAGAGGAGCAGAAAGAAGGAGAGCGGGCUCCUGACCUGGCCCUGGAACUUAUUGAUCGCUAUGAGCCCUCAGAGAGUGGCAAGUUGCGGCACGUGCUGAGCAUGGAUGGCCUCCUCAGCUACCUCUCCUCCAAGGACGGUGACAUCUUCAACCCCGCCUGUCUCCCCGUCUACCAGGACAUGACGCAGCCCCUGAACCACUACUACAUCAGCUCCUCCCACAACACCUACCUGCUGGGGGACCAGUUUUGUGGCCAGAGCAGUGUGGAGGGAUACAUACGGGCCUUGAAGCGAGGCUGCCGCUGCUUGGAGGUGGACAUAUGGGACGGACCCAACGGGGAGCCUAUUGUCUACCAUGGGCACACCCUGACAUCCCGCAUCCUCUUCAAAGAUGUUGUGGCUUCGGUGGCUCAGUACGCCUUCCAGACAUCAGACUACCCGGUCAUCUUGUCCCUGGAGAACCACUGCAGCUGGGACCAGCAGCAGACCUUGGCAAGCCACCUGACCGAGAUCCUGGGGGACCAGCUACUCAGCACUACGGUGGACGGCCUGCUGCCCACUCAGCUGCCCUCACCAGAGGAGCUGCGGAGGAAGAUUCUGGUGAAGGGGAAGAAGUUACAGACACUAGAGGAGGAUCUUGAGGAAGAGGAAGAGGAGGAAGAGCUGGAGCUUCAGCUGGAGAGAGAGGGAGAGCCAGAGCUGGAGCCUGAGGUCCAGAGUGAGCCUGAGGGCCCAGAGUUGAGCCCUCGCAGUCAAGACAAAAGAAAGAGACCCAAGUCCGUCUUGUGCCCGUCCCUCUCUGCCCUGGUUGUCUACCUGAAGUCUGUCUCCUUCCACAGCUUCGCUCACUCCAGGGAUCACUAUCGCUUCUAUGAGAUCUCAUCCUUCUCGGAAGCCAAGGCUAAGAGCCUCAUUAAGGAGGCCGGCAAUGAGUUUGUGCAGCACAACGCCUGGCAAUUAAGCCGAGUGUACCCCAGUGGCCUGAGGACCGACUCCUCCAACUACAACCCCCAGGAGCUCUGGAACGCAGGCUGCCAGAUGGUGGCUAUGAAUGUACAGACGGCGGGGCUGGAGAUGGAUAUCUGUGAUGGGCUCUUCCGCCAGAACGGAGGCUGCGGUUACGUGCUGAAGCCGGGCUUCCUGCGUGACGCCCAGAGCACCUUCUACCCUGAGAGGCCCGUUGGCCCUUCCAAAGCCCAAAUUCUCCGGAUCCAGGUGAUCAGUGGUCAGCAACUUCCCAAAGGGGCCAAGACCAAAGAGGGAACCAUUGUAGACCCACUGGUGAGAGUGGAGGUUUUUGGAGUCCGUCCAGACACAGCUCGGCAGGAGACCAACCACGUGGAGAACAAUGGUUUUAACCCAUACUGGGGGGAGACGCUGUGCUUCCGGGUCCAGGUGCCCGAACUGGCCCUGCUUCGCUUCCUGGUCAAGGAUUACAACUGGAAGUUCCGAGAUGAUUUUGUGGGCCAGUACACGCUGCCUUGGACGUGCAUGCAGCAAGGGUACCGCCACAUACACCUGCUGUCCAAGGAUGGCAUCAGCCUCCACCCAGCAUCCAUUUUUGUGCACAUCUGCAUCGAGGAAGAGCCAGAAGAGGCUGAAUUCUGAGGUGGAUGCUUAUCAGGGAGGGGUGGGUACAUUAGCUUUAGGUGCAAAGAACCCAGAACGAUGUCCUGGGAAGCAAAGCAAGGUGGGAAAGUCCAAGCUUUGGGCUGUCACCCCCAGGCGUAGAUACCUCACCCUUCCCAGCAGAUUCAGGACCUGAAGGAUUGUUCAAGUUGUCUCCCUUCCAGUCCUGUGUUUUCACAAGCCUCUAUCUUUCCAACCCUUUCCUUUCUAUUAGGGUUCCUUCUUCCUCCUGCUGUAGGCUCAGUUCCUCAUCAGGUCUAGGGCUAAUCUUCCCUGUCAAUUCUGGCUUAAAGAGAGGUUGUGUCAAGAGAUCAAGAGAGGGUGUUUGGGCAGAGAAACCGUGGAGGUAAUACCUCCUUCUCAAUGCACUUCCUCAAAGACCAGGGCCAAGGGAAGGGUAAAUCAAGUCUUGAAGAUCUCCAGCAACGAUGAAGAACGGAGACUGAUGCCAGGACUCCAGUGGCUCUCAGGAAAACACUGCACAGCCCUCAGUGCUCACUGGACUGUUCCUCCCCAGCCCCACCGGUGUUUACAGAACUGUUCUUCCCUCAGAUCUCCUGAAUAGGAUCUGUCAUUACUGGUCAAGAAAGGAAGAUGUGAGGGCUGGGGAACAUUUGUAUAGACAGGGUGAGGCAGGGAGCAGGUGGGGAGACAAAGUUCCCAGAGGCCUCCUGACCUGUGCUACGUAGGAAUGUGCUACAUAAGCAUGGCUAUAAGGGGGUGGGGGGGCAAAAGGAGAUGAAGAGUUGUGUGGCUUGGCUGAUGACACAGCGAGCGGAUAAAGCAUUGGACUCUCAAGCAUGAA